AUGGAAGUUUUGUGCAUCUGUGGACAAUGGAUCUCAAAAGAAUCUCUCCAGUGGGAGUUUCUUGUUGAUUUGAAGAGGAAUGCAUCAAUCAUUUCCAUAGAAGAAGAUCUACUGUAUGAAGAUUUGAUGAAGAUUGUCUCUGAAGAUUUUAGUGUUAAAGAGGAAGAAAUCAGUUUGAGUUAUGGUUUUUCAUUGGAUAAGAAAUGUAUUAUUGAAAGUUUCCCCCCACUCUCGAUAGGUAAUACUCGUCAGCUCAGAACUUUCAUUUCCAAGACUAGAGCAUUUGAUGGAACCUGUCGUUUGUGUGUUAAGGUUAGUACUGAUCCAGCUAGCUGUAACACUCAAGCUUCUGAUACAUUUGCUUCUACUGUUCCAUUGAAUGCCAAUCCAGCGCUUCUUUCUACUGUGCAGAGUGAAAAACAGAGUUUUCUAUAUGAAGGUGUUUCUACAGUUCCUCUGAAUGAUCUUCCGGAUUUUAGUACUGAUUCAGCUAGCUGUGUUUCUACAGUUCCUCUGAAUGCUCUUCCGGAUUUUAGCCCUGUCCAUAUUGGACUUUCACCAAACACGAGAGUAGCUGGCGAUAUUAAGGUGAAUAGCUAUUUUAAGACAAAGAGAGAGUUGAUGUUGAGGAUGAAGAAAUGGGCUUUAGAGUGGAAGUUUGAGUACAAGACUGUCUCUUCUAACAAGUCAAGAGUGCUUUUGAGUUGUGUUGAUGAAAAUUGCACGUGGAGGAUGCGUGCUAUCAAGCUACCUGUUUCAGAUUUUUUCGUUGUUAAAAAGUAUGUUCAUGAGCAUACAUGCGAUACAACACACAGGAAAGCCAACCACAGACAAGCAUCUGCAAAGUUGUUGGGUUCUUUGAUUUCCAGCAAUUAUGGAGAAAAAAAGGAAGGUCUCAAACCGAAACAGAUCAUUGAACAGGUCAGGAUGCUGCAUGGUGUUCACAUCAAUUACAAACAAGCUUGGAGAGUGAGAGGAGAAGCUCAGAUUUUGGUUAGAGGGACUCCUGAAGACAGCUAUUACAAUUUGUCUAGGUGGUUGUAUAAAAUCACAGAAACAAACCCUGGUUCCUUGACUUAUCAACAUGUUGAUGCUGCAGGAAAGUUCAAGUAUGCAUUUGUGGCUUUUGGUCCAUCGAUAAGGGGAUUCUCAUUGAUGAGGAGAGUUAUUGCAGUAGAUGGUACAUUUCUGAAGGGAAAAUUCAAUGGGACUUUAUUGGCAGCUUGUGCUCAAGAUGGGAAUUAUCAUCUAUAUCCUCUCGCCUUUGCAGUGGUUGACGCAGAAAACGGCGCCUCUUGGAAAUGGUUCUUUAGAGGUUUGAGCCAGAAGAUCCCGGACGCUUCGGAUCUUGUUUUUGUAUCAGACAGGGCUAACUCCAUUUCUUCAGCGUUAGAGGAUGUAUAUCCCUUAUCUCACCAUGGAAUUUGCAGGAUCCAUCUGCUCCGCAACAUCACUCCUACAUAUGCGAAGACUGGGUUGCUACCUCUGGUGGAAAGCGCUGCUGAUGCCUAUACGUGUCACGAGUUCUGGUUAAUCUUCAAGGACAUAAAGGAUAAAUGUCCUGAAUUGGCUAAGUAUCUGGAAGAGUCUGAUUUUAGGAAGUGGGCACGAAGCUAUGCGCCUGCGAACAGGUUAGGGGCCGCAAUGUUGUUGAAUGUGUAUCAAGUUGAUCGAAGCGAGUUUGAGGUGAAGGAUAAAACAAUGAAGUUUGUUGUUGACUUGGAGAAGCGGCAUUGCACAUGUAAUGUUUUCGACAUUGACAAGAUCCCCUGCAUCCAUGCCAUCGCUGCUGCUAAGCAUAUCAAGAGAGAUGAAAACCGUUUUGUUGAUGCUUCUCACUUGACAGAAACGUGGGCUAAAGCUUAUGCUGAAAGCAUACAUCCUGGUGGAGAGUUGUCAACGUCCACCUAUCCAGAGAAUAUUGAUGAACUGUCUUGCCCACUUCCAGCUACCAAAAAGAAAAGUGGACGCCCUCCUACAAAGAGAAAGAGAUCCGUUGGCGAGUUUGGGGUUCCUGGAUCUAAAUCUCAGUCCCACAAGUGCAGCAGAUGUGGCACAGGAGGGCACAACAAGAUCACAUGCCAGAGGCCUAUAGGAUGA